ACACUGUGACAAUGGCUGAUUUCAACACUGCUGGCACACUCGAAACCCAUGAUGGAUCACAGGACUUGUCCUGUUUUAAUAGUAGGAGGAACCUCAUAGGUGAUCAUUCCUCUAAGGCCAGCAGUUCCAAUCAAGAGGCGAAAGCCAUCAGACUCCACAAAGGAGAGAUUGUGAAUGAGUCCCCCUACCCGAAAGUGCCACACAUGAGGAGUGAAGAAGCCCGGCUGAGGACGUUCAGCAACUGGCCCUCCUCGUCCCCGGUCCAGCCCAAUGACUUGGUGGGGGCUGGGCUGUUUUAUGUGCCUAAACCAACCAUAAAUGACCUGGUGCAGUGCUUCUGCUGUGGAGGCAUACUGAAAGCCUGGAAGGAAGGUGAUGUUCCCUGGAGUGAACAUUCCAAGUUCAACCCAAACUGCUUCUUUAUCUUGGGGCAUGAUGUGGGGAACAUACUGAUGGAGCUGAAGAGUGAUAGCAGUAAAAAUGUAUUCUCAAAUAAAGAGAGAGAUGAGGACCCUUUAAAGACACUGGAGAAGCUCCAGCGUGAAAAGCUCUGCAAAGUUUGCAUGGAUAAUGACCGUUCCAUUGCCUUCAUCCCAUGUGGGCACUUGGUCACCUGCAGAAAAUGUUCCAAUUCUGUUGAAAAGUGCCCUGUGUGUUGUGCUUUCAUCACUCAGAAAAUCAAAACCUAUAGCUAAGAUUCCACUUUGACACAAAAACUAUUAUGAUGUGAAUCAUUAACAAGUAUUCCUUACAAUUGUGCAUAUGGAUAUAUUUGGAUAUAAUACUUGUAUAAUUAUAUAUAUAAAUAAUUAUGUGGUUUUAUAUUUUAUUCUGCUAAUUUUGCUACUUUAUUGUCAGCCCACAUAAACAUAAGUCUUUAGUUUUCUGCUGUUCUGAGAGAUGUGUAGUGUGUCGUCAGUGGGUAGUUUAUGCUAGAUUUUACAGGCAGAUUAAAGUAUUUGUAGGUAGGUAGAUUUCUGUUGGCCUGAUUUCAGAGCAUGGCUACCCACACAAUGAUGAAAUGGCAUACUCUACAUAAAACUAUGAAUGUUGUUUCCAGAAAAUAAACUGCAAUCAAACUUUAGCUUUCCUGAAGCUGCUGUAAAAGGGAUUUGAAUCACAUUACAGGGAGUGUAUAUUUUGAGCACAAGAAAGUUUAUUCUGUAGACACCUGUAGACACCUAGGCUGUGUUUAUUGACAUAGUCAUAUUAAUCAUAUUAACACAUUUAAUCACUUUGUUUUAUUAAAUGAUUUAUUUGAAACACUGUGUUUUUGUACUAAUAAAAUAGGGUUUUGUAAAUAGGAGCUGGGGUUAUUUGUUUGGGUUAGCCUAUUUCUCUCUUUUUACUGCUUUUUUC